GUGUGUGUGUGUGUGUGUGUGUUCCUCCAUGAAGAAGAAGAAUCGAGGUCGGACGUCAGCGCUCCUCAGCCGCACACACGCACGCAGCCUCACCGCACCGACGGCGUGGCGCCAUGCUGAAGCCGGGCGAGGCAUCGGCGACGGCGGCGGCGUCGGCCUUCCUCAAAGUGGAUGCGUCGUCCUACCUGCAUCACUGGCAGCAGCUUUUCCCGCACACGCCGCUCAAGCCGCCCCUACCUGCGCCCUCGGGACCCCCCCACUGCACCUCGUCGGGGGCCGCCCUGGCGCCCGCCUCCUCCUCCUCCGUGGUGGUGGCCCAACUUCCUCUCGCCCAGCACAUGGCGCUCUAUGGGCAGGCCCUGGCUCCGGUGGGCCCCGGGGGUCCCGGAGGGGAUGCGGUGGGGGUGGCCCCCCCUGCUGAGAACCCCGCGCUGGGACGCCUGCUGCAGGUGAAGGAGCAGAGCUGCGGGGGCGUCGGGGUGGUAUCGUCCAGCGUGAAGAGCGUCAGCGGCGAGGAAGGCGGCAGGACGUCCACCACCGUGCAGACGGGGGGCAGGAUGAAGCUGACCGCCGAGGAGUUGGACUACUUCCUCUACGGGCAACAGAGGAUGGAGAUCAUACCCAUCAGCAGCCACAACACCGACGUCAACAACCGCUGCGACAUGUGCGCGGACAACCGUAAUGGCGAGUGUCCCAUGCACGGACCGCUUCACUCCCUGCGGAGGCUGGUGGGCACCAGCAGCGCCACCCCGGCACCGCUCACUCUUCCCGACGUUCCCGACUGGCUCAGAGAGCUGCCCCGAGAGGUGUGUCUGUGCACCAGUACACUCCCCGGUUUGGGGUACGGAAUCUGCGCCGCCCAGAGAAUUCCCCAGGGUACCUGGAUCGGACCCUUCCAGGGCACCCCCCUCAUGCUGGACAAAGUCCGCUGCGGAGGCACCAGGAACACGCGGCACUUGUGGGAGAUUUAUGACUCCGAAGGAACGUUGUGUCACUUCUUGGAUGGCAACGAUCCGGCUAAAUCGAGCUGGAUGAGGUACAUCCGAUGCGCCCGACACUGCGGAGAGCAGAACAUGAUGGUCGUUCAGUACAGGUCGAGCAUCUUCUACCGGGCGUGCCUGGACAUCCCUCGAGGAAGCGAGCUCCUCGUUUGGUACAACGAUUCAUACACUUCCUUCUUCGGAAUUCCGCUGCAGUGUGUCGCUCAGGAUGAAAACCUGAACGUCCCCGCGUCUGUUUCGGAGGUGAUGUCUCGCCAGGAGUCCUUACUACAGCAACAACAACAAGCACCCUUUGGCAAGAGCGGCAAAGCAACGGCGUCCUUGUCGUCGUCCGUGCGCUCCAUGGUGUUUCCUCAGAUGUCGUGCAGCAGAGGUUUCUCCGUGCUGGACAAGAGCGGAGCGCCCUUCCCUUCAUCCGAGUCGUCCUUUGCCCAGCUGUCCUCCAAGAACCAAAGAGUCUUGGCCAGUCCCACGUCCACCAGCCAGCUCAGCAGCGAGUUCAGCGACUGGCAUCUGUGGAAGUGCGGACAGUGUUUCAAGACCUUCACGCAGAGGAUCCUGCUACAGAUGCACGUCUGUCCACAGAACCCAGACAGGCCGUACCAGUGCGGCCACUGCUCGCUGUCCUUCUCACAGCCAUCGGAGUUGCGCAACCACGUGGUGACACACUCCAGCGACCGGCCCUUCAAGUGCGGCUACUGCGGACGCGCUUUCGCCGGCGCCACCACGCUCAACAACCACAUACGCACACACACUGGCGAGAAGCCCUUCAAAUGCGAGCGCUGUGAUCGCAGUUUCACUCAGGCCACCCAGCUGAGCCGUCACCAGAGAUUACCCAACGAAUGUAAACCCAACAGCGAGGGAUCAGUGGGAGGAGACUCCAUAGAGGUGGACUAGAAUGCAAGGCAGGUCGGCAGAACUCAAAUCUCACCGGCGCCAACCAAAUUCUCCCUUUGGCCGCCGUCUUCAUUGCGAGCUUUUCUACCGCUGCUCACAUCCAACGAGACUUUCGCUACGCAUGGAAUUACCUUACAGCACAAUAACAAAUUUCUUCCACAGUUCUACAAAAAAAUGUUUCACUGAUGUUGUACCAAAGUUCUUCCACAGUGUUACAGAAGUCCUACCAAUGUUCCAGCAAUUUUUUUUUUUUACCAAAAGCUACCACCAAACUACUACCAAUGUCAUACCAAAGCUCCUGUGAAUUAAUUUCUACCAAAGUUCAACUGCUUCCAAAGUUCUCGAAGGUUUUACUGUAGUUCUUUAGAUUUCCGAGUCUACUUGUGUUGUGCCAGCAUUCUACUAUAGUGCUACACUACCAAAGUUCCACCACAUUUAUUUAACCCUGUUUUUCUUUUUUUUGUCAACCAAGGUUUGCCUAAAGUAUACGAAGGUUCUGCUAGGAUUGUAGAGUAAUUGUACUGGUGACACCAAAGGUCUACCCAAUUUCCUUCAAUGUUACACCAAAGUUCUACCAAAGUUGUCCUAUUUCUUCUGGUUAUACCACUACUAUACUGAAGUUAAACCAAUCAUCAACCCAACUUCUUUGAAGGUUAUGCAAGGUUUUUCCCAAAAUGAUGUUUCACCAAAGUCUAUGAACACAUUCUGCAAAGGCUACACCAAAGUUUUUUCCAAAUUGUAUCAGAAUGAUACUUGUUAUACCAAAGAGUAACCCAGCUGAAAUGCUGCCAAUGUUAUGUUCCGACAAAUUUACCCAAUAGUUGAAAGUUCUCAAUUUUCACAUACUUGCUAAACUUGUAAGUUCUAUCAAAGCGCCACAAGUUCCAAAGUGCUACAAAAUGAUUGCUGAAAUUUUACAACUGUCCUCAUGAUCAACUUGAGCUCCAUCAAAGUUCCAUUCCACUACUGUUCUACUUAAGUUCUUCUAAGGUUCUGUGGUCUGUCAAGAAGGAACAACUUCAAGAGGGCACUGCAGCUAGGACUUUUCCUCUCGAAUGAGACGACGGAAGGUUUGACGCCUCACAAGCACACCAAAGAUUGUCUGACAUCAUGUAGGUAAAAAAAAAAAAAAUUAAAAAAGGAGGCAGAGACGCUAAAGCAAACGUCAUGAACAUUUAAAAAAAAAAAAAAAAAAAGAUAUUUAUCUUGUGGCGGCACUUUGACUUAUUUAACUUUGUGCAUACUUUGCUUCACACAUGACCUUGUCUUCCAUUUAUAUCAUCCAAUUGUGUUUUUUUAGUGUGUUUUUGUACCAAAAAGAAGAAAAAGCACACUUGACACAGCAGUUUUAUGGGCCUUUGACAUUCAUUGAUCUAUUUUUUGGGAAUUUUUGCAAAUUAUCCACUCACUUUCUGUCUCAGAGCUGAACUCACGAAAUGAACAAUAAAGUUGGGAAUACAAGCAUCCAAGAUUUUUCGUAGGAUUAUCUUUUGGUUUGGGGUGUUGAGUAAUUUUUUCACCUUGAUCUGCUCAGAAAGUAGGUCCACGCUUACCGAUAAAUGGGACGAAAUUGAGCGUUCUUUUUGGUCAAAGUUCCAAUUAUCAGGUGGUGUGAGUGAUUUCUCCUUGAUAAUCUGCUAAAAAAAAAAAAAAAGUAGGUUACAUACAUGCUGAUAAUUGGACCUUUGGAGGAUCAAUUCUCCCUUGUCAGCAAGUAAAUGAGUUGCCUGAGAUAGGAAGUGGUUGUGAAAAGUUUGUGUACGUAUGGAAAAAAAAAAAAAACAUGUCAAAGAAACGAUGCUUUUUGUCUCGCUCACGUUUGCAUGAUUUGAAAUUAAAAACGUGAGACCUGAAGAAAACGAGGUCUAAAAUAAAGGGAGUCCGUUUUGUCAA